AUGUCCUCCGGCAACAGAUCCUUCUUUGCUCCUCAAGAGACGCGAGUCGAGCUUCCACACGGCGCAAGCAACCAAACGCCUGACAUCACACGCCCGGCGAGUCCAUCAGAGAAUGAUCGCGCUCCUUUCCUCAACGGCAGCUCCAGCGACGAUCGCGAAGACGUGCGCAUGGGCGCCAAGGCUCUUCGCCACGACUCGGAAAAGCCUGCUGUCGGUAUCGCGGCGUUGGCACCCAUCCUCAGCUACUGUGCGGCCAGUAUCACCAUGACGGUCGUCAACAAGUUUACCGUCUCGGGCGCCGGCUUCAACAUGAACCUCCUCGUUCUCCUCAUCCAGUCCACCGUCGGCGUCGCCUGUGUCUGGAUCGCCGAGCGCGCUGGUCUCAUCCAGCUUCGUGGCCUCAAUUCGAAAGAUGCCUGGAACUGGAUGCCGCUCAGCACCAUGCUCGUCUUUGUCAUCUGGACCGGCAGCAAGGCGCUCCAGCACCUCAACAUUUCCGUCUACACCAUCUUCAAGAACCUCACCAUCAUCUUGAUCGCCUACGGAGAGGUCAUGUGGUUCGGCGGCCGUGUCACCCGGGUCAUUCUGUGCAGUUUCCUUCUCAUGGUUCUUUCAUCCGUCAUCGCAGCCUGGUCCGACAUCUCGAACGUCUUUGCUAUCGGCAACCUCUCGAUGCCCCACACUCCGGAUUCCAUCGCCAGUGGCAUGGCCAAGGAUCCCGUCACGGGUGCUCUCGUUCCUGCCUUUGACCCCCUCAAGGCAGAAAAGGACGCGAUAAACGCUCAGUUCCAGAGCGCCUCGGCCAACGACGUCAUUGAGGGCUUCCAGGGCUACGGUCUUCUCUCGAGCGGCUACCUGUGGAUGGCGCUCAACUGCAUCUGCAGUGCCUCCUACGUCUUGCUCAUGCGCAAACGCAUCAAGGUCACCGGCUUCAAGGACUGGGACACCAUGUUCUACAACAAUUUCCUCAGCAUCCCCGUCCUGUUCCUCAUGUCGUUCCUCGUCGAGGACUGGUCGGCCGCCAACUUGCACAAGAACUUCCCGGACGACAAGCAGACCAAGCUUAUCUCGGCCAUCGUUUUCUCAGGUACUUGCGCUAUCAUGAUCAGCUACACAACCGCCUGGUGUAUUCGUGCCACUUCGAGCACCACCUACAGCAUGGUGGGUGCCCUCAACAAGCUUCCCGUAGCGCUCAGCGGUAUGGUCUUCUUCCACGACCCUCCCGUCACGCUCUCGAGCGUCAGCGCCAUUUCGGUUGGAUUCUUCGCUGGUCUCGUCUAUGCAUUCGGCAAGAACAAGCAGGCCGAGGCUGCCAAGCUCGCCAGCAGCUCCUCCGCAAAUGGCAGCUCGGCUCUGUCCGGGUCCAAGGAUGGCUCUAGUCUGCCCAUGCACAACCUCAACGACAGGAAGGAUUGA